GCCUUUGAGUCAUGUCAAUACUAGCGGAGGCGGAGCCGUGAACAUAUUACCAGAGCAUAUGCACGUCAUGGGGCACUGACCAGAGGCGACAGCCGACAGACAUGGCGGCUAGCAGCGCGCUCCCCGUGGUUGACCUGGCGCCUUUCUUCACCGAGGACGGCAAGGGCGGCACCGCCGGCGCCACCGAGGCCGUGCGCCAGGCAUGCCAGACGCACGGGUUCUUCCGCGCCGUCAACCACGGCGUGCCGGUGGAGCUCAUGGCGCGCGCGCUGGAGCUGUCGGCCGCGUUCUUCGCGCUGCCGGACGAGGAGAAGGCCAAGGUCCGGCCGGCCGAGGGGUCCAAGGCGCCUCGGUCUCUCCCGGCUGGCUACGGGCGGCAACCGGCGCACUCGGCCGACAAGAACGAGUACCUGGUGGUCUUUGAUCCCAAGCUCGGGCUCAACGCGUACCCCGCUGAGCCUGCAGGAUUCAGAGAGACCGUGGAAGAGUGCCAUGCCAAGCUCACCCAGCUGGGGUUGCUCAUCCAAGACAUCCUCAACGAGUGCAUGGGCCUCCCGCCGGGCUUCCUCAAGGACUACAACGACGACCGCGGCUUCGACCACAUGACGGCAAAGAGCUACUUCCCGGCGACGGAGGAGGAGAACGUCGGCAUCAGCGAGCACGAGGACGGCAACUGCAUCACCUUCAUCUUCCAGGACGGCGUCGGGGGCCUCGAGGUCCUCACCGACGGCCACUGGGUGCCGGCGGAGCCCGCCUGCGGCAGCAUCAUCGUCAACAUCGGCGAUGUCAUACAGGUGCUGAGCAACAACAAGAUGAAGAGCGCGACGCACCGGGUGGUGAGGAAACCUGCGCACAGGCACUCGUUCGCCUUCUUCUUCAACCUGCACGGUGACAAGUGGGUCGAACCGCUGCCGGAGUUCACGGCCAAGAUCGGCGAGGCGCCGCGAUACAGGGGGUUCCUGUAUAAGGAGUACCAGCAGCUGCGCGUGAGGAACAAGACCCAUCCGCCGGCUAGGGCCGAGGAUGUCGUCAACAUCACCCACUAUGCCAUCUACUAGUUCAGUAACAAAUUGUAUUUCAAUGCGCAGAAAUGCAGGAGCAUGGCUCGUGUAUAUAUGGAAAAAUUGGAGGUGUCUCUACUUUAUAUACUA